AUGGCGGCUGGUGAUGCGCUUCCACAUUCUAAAUCACCUCUACUUUUUACAGAUAAUGGCGUUACAUUUCAAUGGCCGGAAGAAAAUGAAGCUAAAUUUCCUACAAUGAAAGAAUUUGGCGGUAACAUUCGAUGGCGGGAAGGCCCUGAAGAAGCAACUACAGUCGGCAAAAAAUUUGUCACCACGUUCCUGCAAAAUCACGGAGCCGACGAAAUUCCUCAAGUGGAGUUUCAAAUUACCGGCACCCACCCCUCCACGCAGGUCACGCUUACCAUUAGCAACACUGAUUUCAAGAAAGAAGUGACGGUCAACAAUGGGGAAACGGUAUCCGUUCCUAUCACAGAACCCGUAGAGAUGCUGGGAACGGACACAUCCCCCAGAUCAGUGGUCAUUGAAGCCGAUCAUGGGGUGGCAGUUGUGUCGCGUAGUUCCAAAUACGGCAGUUCUGAUACAGCUUUGCUUUACCCAGUGGAAUCCUGGGGAAUUCUCUAUUACAUUGUCACACCUCCGUGGGGACCCGACACAGAAUAUAAAGAGUUUGCCAUCAUCUCCAAUGACAUGCCAACAAAUGUUAAAAUGCAUCUAAAAGGAGAUGUGAACUUCCAGGGACAGGAUUAUCCGAAGGGAAGCAUUCUACGUGUCACCUUGGAGCCCAACCAAGCCAUGCAGAUUCAGAGCAAAGACGAUCUGUCGGGCACCAAGGUAGAAGCCCAAUAUCCGAUAACAGUCCUAAGUGGGCACACAUGCUCCCAGAAAAAUGGAAACUGUGGCCAUGUCUACGAGCAGCUCCUACCAGUGGAACGCUGGGGAGAUACCUACUUUGUUCCCGGUCUGUCCUUCCAGCCUAAAUCAGACAUUGCGAUGGUUAUGGCUUACCAACCGACUGAAGUUGAAUACCAAUCAGGGACUGAAAAGGGAAAGAAACCUUUAGAAGAAGGAGAGAUGGUCACGUUUGAUGUCUCAGAGUCAUCUCCUUUGUCCCUGCGUGCUAACAAUAAUAUUCAGGUCCAUCUCUUUGGCACUGGUGGAAUAUCUGAAGGAAACCCCUUGGACCCAUUUCUCAUAACUGUGCCUGAUACCAAGAGCUAUAGUUAUAAAGCUCAAAUCAAUGGGGAGAAAGACAUUGAGAACAACAAGGGUGUUAUUAUAAUCAAGAAACCGGGUCAGUCAGGAAUCACCAUAGAUGAUAAGGCUCCCGAAGGGAUUCAGUGGAGAGAUUUCCCGGGAACAGAAUACUCUUGGGGAGAGUUCAGGUUGCCGAGUGGCUUCAGUUUCCAUACUGUUAAGAAUCCUACAAUGCCUUUUGGCCUCCUAAGCAUUGGUUAUUCUCCAAAUAUGGCCUAUGGGUCCAUUGCACCUUCUCUAAACGAAAAUGAAGGCAAAUUUCCUGAGAUGAAAGAACAAGGCGGUAAAUUUCCAUGGCCGGAAGGUAAUUAUAUGGCGUGUAAAAGGUUUCGGGGUUUGGUUAUAAUCUGUCACCCAAAGAACGUAAACUCUGGAUUUCAUCUUAUCUUAGUAAGAGCUCAUCUAGCAGUCUCUGUCUCGCUCACCCGGUUCCUACAGCUUUCUGUUGGCGUAACAUUAAUCCGAGCAGAGUUUGACCUUCUGGGUCAUCUUCCUAAAGUCAGAGAAUCCGGGAGAUCCGGGUCCCAAUUCACUCAACGGAAAACCUCGAAAUACUUUAACUGA